AUGCCUUUUCCUAUGGCAGAUCCAAACCUCGCAGCCGCUCCCAACUUCCAUUUGCCCAAAUAUGCGGAAGCAAGAGCCCAUCUUGUCAACAAUGCCAUUGAUGACUUACAAGCAGUGCUUAUCUUAGCCAAUAUCUGGUGUAUUCAAAAUGAAGUACACAAACAGCAAUGGACUACCAGACUCGAAAGAGAAGCACAAGAAGCCAAAGCCAAGCGAAGAGAAGCCGAAGAAGAAGAAGCACAACACCAACAAGCGCUAAAAGCAGAACAAAAAGCAGCUAUCAAGGAGGAACGCAAGAAGAAUAAGGCCAAAUAUGCCCCCAUCAAAGACAUUGAAAAGAUAAAAGCUGGCGAGUACUGUGACCUUUUCUCCUUCACUAACAAGGGCCUCGAAGAAGCAUCCCGGUCAGCCUUCACGGCAGACAAAGAUGCACUUGUAAUGCUACCUUCAACUGAUGUUCUACAUAAGUGGUUACCAGCUGGGGCAGCCAAAGACCCAAAGCUCCAAGUCAUUAAAGAUGAAAAUCUCACCUGGGAACAGUUCAACGAAGCAGCACCUCGCAUGGUCACCCUCAUGAAAGACAACGACUGGCCAGACAACCGAGUAGAAAUGCACAUUGCUUUCUGGUCUGCAUUGCAGACUCACAGAUGGUGCCAUGAUUUCAAUGUCAACAAGCAACAUGCACUUCUCCUAUACCAAGCUCAACAGUACGUCCUUUCCCCUCCAAAACUCACCUCAAAGAUUCAAAACUAA